CUGACAAUGGAGGUUGCGUUCUGUAAAUAGUGCUAUCGGUUUCGUCCAAAACAUGGCGACAUUCUGAUCGUUGACAAUGUUAAUGUGAAUAUGUAUAAGAUUUAGUUUAUUCGAAAUUGUAAUUUGCUUAUUUGGAUAAUUCAUAUUAUUUGCAAUUCUUUAGACACUGAAGCGUUAUUUUGUUUUUGUAUUUUUUAAUUUUAUUUUUAUUUUACUUACAAAUUCCUUCUCGUCUAGCCCAAUCAAUAAAUUAGAAGAUGCAGUCACUUGAGUUACAAGCUGCCUCUUGAUUUGAUAAAUAAGUGUAUAAGUAUAAUUGAAGAGUAAAGUCGAUGAGGGCAAGAAUGCGAUUUAUCAUUAAAAAACAACAAUUAAAAAUGAAAGUUAAUGUUUUAUUCUUCUGCCUUUCUGUGACUCUACUAUGGAUGGAUUAGUUUUAAAUUGCUGAGAUUCAAAUUAAUAAUUUUUAAAAGAUUUUUUAAGUAUUCCACCAUAAAUAAUAUGAGGGUUAAUAGGCUAUAUAAUAUAUAAUAAUAUUAAUAUUAUAUUAUCGAUAUGGCUCUCAUUUAAUUUUCAAUCAUUUGAACAGUAAUAGUAAUAUUCAUAGUACUAUUUUAAUUUUUGGUUAAAUUAACAUAUAGUUAUGGGCAUAGGCUAAUAUAAAGUGAGAGUAAGUAAAUGCCUUAAUAACCUUGCAUAAUAUUUAUAUAGACAUACAUCAAACUUAUACAUAAACACACUUUGACAACAUUGUAUUGUGUCUGAACUAGUACUAGUAUUAGUAGUGCUGUCUUAAUCUUUAAAAAAAAAUAUUGAUGUGAGCUUAUGACAUGUCAAGAUGAGGAUGACAUUAUCUUCUGCAAAAAGUCAUACCUAAAUUAUUUUUUUUCACUUUUACUAAUUUCCAGAUUGUAUAAAAAAAAAAUUCUUUUAUUAUAAAAUGUUACUUACAGAAGGCUUGAAAAUAAAACUUUGCAUCAACCGUUGAAUGCAUGCAUUUGAAAUACACCGUUUUCAUUUCUGAACCAUCUGAUAAACUGCUACCAAAGGAAUUAGAAAUGGUGAAGUCUUAUUUGAAAGGUGCUGAUGGAACAUUAUUUCCUCUUUUACCUAAAGUCACGACAAUAGGGCGGGAGAAUUGUGAUUUUACUAUACAGGUUUGUAUUAAGUAAUAAUCAAAAUAGUUAAGUUAUAAGAAGUAAAGUAAAGAAGGAAACAAAUGAAUCAUCAAAAUGUUGAAUCUUCUUUAUGAUAAAUCCAGCAAUCUAGAUUUCAGGCGGGCUCAAAAUUAUUAUUUUUUUUCAAGGUUGUGGAAUUUAUGUACAAUUUGUUUCUUUCAUACAUCUCUUCAGUACAACACUAAUGCUGAAAAAAUGACCAAGAAGACCAUCCAUAAUCUUAUACUGUGCCAAAUUAAAAUUGGAAUGUGAUCUGACAAAAAAUUAUAGCAUAUCUGUCAAGUAUGUUAAUGACUAUUCAUACACUUGCCUUUCUUAGUCGAUGAUUGGGCACAAUUUAUAAGCAAUUAUAAUUUGAAAUAAUUCUGAUAUAGCAAAAUAACUGUCCAAUAAAUUGACUAGCAUAUUGCAUUCAUAAGCUACAUUGCUUUUCUGACUCCUGAUAGAUUUUAAUAACUGCCUUACACCUUUGAAAGAACUUACCUGUGUAACUCUUGGAUGUCUCAUGUUAUUUUCCUUUGUUAUUUUAAUCAGACCUUUUUACUCUUACGAUUUUGGCUUACAAUGUACGAUUGUGAGGUGUAUACAUUAUAUAUACUGUACGUUUCUUUUUUAACUUUUAAGAAAAUGUAUUGAACGAUUUUGUUAUGAUAUUGUACGAUUUUAAGAUUUUGAGGGUAAACAGAUCUAUGUUAAUGUCUUAUCAAUGGUACUUCCAGCUGCCUGGUGUUGACUACCAGCAUUGUGUCAUAGAGUAUAGUGAGCAAGAUGACUGCUUCAUUAUUCAAGACCUGAACACUGCCCAGGGAACUUAUGUAAAUGAUGUCAGAGUUCAAAAUGCAGCAGUGAGACUGGCUCCUGGUGACCAUAUCAGAUUUGGAUACAACGGACAACCUUUUGAGCUGCAAGUGGAAAAUCAUCCUCAGGUAAGAGAUUUAUUUCUAAAAUCAUUCCAGUUUUACUACUUUGAGUUUCCAAUGGUAUAUCACAUUGAUGUCUUGAUUUGUUUCAUUUUGAGAGGGUAAAACAAUUUUUAACCAAAGGAUUAACACAAUUCAAAAAUUGUGCAGGAUGAGUGUACUUCUCCCUCAAUUUUCUUCAAUUAUUCCGGAAUCUCGAAUUAUCCCAGAAUUCCGGAUUUGUGAGGCUAAAUAUUUUUCAGCUCUGGAUUCCCGAAGUUUUAUUUUCUCUCGCUCCGGAUUCACCAGUUCAGUUUAUUCAAAUACAAAUUCUAGGCUUUCAAAAAAAAAAAUCAACGUAUCAGAACGCACGAAAGCCUAUUCAGCAAGAAGCUGGUUUGCUAUAAAUAAUAAUAAUAAUAAUAAUAAAGUUUAUUUGAAAAACACGCUUCAUCCCCAAAAGCUCAAAGCGCGGUACAAAGUCAACCAUAUUAUAAAGAGAAAUAAAAACAAUCUAAAAUUUACCACAUUUAAAAAACAGACGCAACAAUACAAAACUACAUAUGAGCAUACCAAGUCAAAGUCUUUCAUCCAAUUUUAACCAUAAGCAACACAAGCCAAUAUGCAUUAACUGAAAAAAGAUGGUAGAUAGCAUCAACCUAGAAGGUGUUUGCGAAAUAGAUGUGUUUUAAAUCAGUUUUAAAAGACUCCAGUGUCUGGCUGUUUCUGAGAGCGACUGGAAAGGCGUACAAAAUUGUUGGGCCAGCAAAUGCAAAAGUGCGCUUUCAGUAAGUCUCAAGGCGAACACACAGUAUCAAUAUUUUGCCACCAUCGCAUGAGCAGAGCUGUCUAGUGGGUACAUAAGGCGUCAAGAGUGCUUUGAGAUAAGACGGCGCGAGGUCAUGUAAGCCGCCGUAGUACAAAGUUGUAAUUUUGUACUCUAUGCGAGCGCGGACCGGCAGCCAGUGCAGCUCUCUCAGAAAUGUUUUAGCAUGGUCUAAUUUGCGUUUGCAAAGAACAAUGCGAGCCGCAUUAUUCUGUGCUCUUUGAAUUUUAUCCAGGAGCGUAGCUGGGAGACCCACCAUGAGAGCAUUGCAGCAGUCCAUACGUGAUAACACAAAUGCAGACAUCAGCCUCUUUGAUGCAUCUAACGUUAAGAAAGGUCUGAUAUGACUAAUCCUGCGCAGCUCUAGAAAAAUCACCUUGCAAAGCAUGUUAAUGUGAUUUUCCAUAGUUAGUGUUCUGUCUAAAUAGACACCCAGGUCUCGCACUGUAUGAGCAAACUCAAUCAGCAUACCUGAGAGAGUAAGUGAUGUUGUGUUUUUUACAGAUAGAACAGGUACUCAGACCUCCCGCUUUUGUUUGCAAGCCUGUGCUUCGUCCCCAGUUAUUAGUUUUGUGGAUAAAUAUAUGCAUAUAUGAUGUAAACAUUGCACAAGAAAUUAUUUCUACAGUGUAUGAAUUUUAUGAGUUUCGUUAAGUUUCAGGGUUUGAAAAAUUUUUAAAUGGAGUUUCCGGUUUCAAGAAAUUUUUAGAAAGGGAUUUCAGGGUUCACAGCUUUCAGUGAGUGGCACCCAUGUCUCAGUACUAUGUAUUCAUUACGUUACAGUACAUUGAUAACUGGUUUGGACUAAAGAAAACUCAAAGUCUAAUGUAGAUGUUUAAAGAAUUAUUUAAAAAAUUUAAUUUAUUUCCCAUCAGUUUAAAUUAUUUUUGAACACUUGAAACUUUUUUUCUAAUAUCAAGAUUAUUGACAAAUUUACCCUCCCCCCCCCCCUAUGUCAGGCGCAGUUGUUCGCAUGGAAAUUUUAAUUUUGUAUUUGAAUUGGUAUUUAACCAAACAAAUUUAGAAAAACUACUUUUUAUACUCUUUUUUUAAAAUCAUUUAAAGCUGCAACUCUGUUGGUUGGUGUAAAGACGCCUCAAAUCUGUUAAUACAAUACGUUUCACAUGAGAUCCUCUUAGUCCAGCUAAAGGUGUAGUGGGUGCAGCUCUGAGCUGCCAACAUUUUGUUCAUUUUGUCCUGAGACCUUCUCUAACUAACUUUAACCUUAUUUGGAAAUAUAAUGUGGUCGGGCUGUGUGUAUGUGUCUGUUACAUUAGACAUUAGAUAAACAUGAGAUAAGCCGGAGCAAUAUGCCAAUUGUAAAACAUAUUAAUCUAUGCUAUUCAAUAAAGGUGUCUUUUUUUUCUAUGCUAUUCAAUAGAGGUAGUUUUUUUUUCUAUGCUAUUCAAUAGAGGUUUUUUUUUUUUUCUAUGCUCCAAUAGACCUUUUCAGGUCUGCAUUGAAAUAUGCAAUAAUUAUAUAAAUUAAAUAGAAACAAGAAACAAAAAAAAAAAAAAAUAUAAAAAAAUUUUUUUUUUUUUUUUUUUUUUUCAAUUUAGUUUUUUUUUUUUUUUUUUUUUUUUAAUUGAGGUUUUUUUUUUUUUCUAUGCUCCAAUAGACCUUUUCAGGUCUGCAUUGAAAUAUGCAAUAAUUAUAUAAAUUAAAUAGAAACAAGUAGCAACAAAAAAAAAAUAUAUAAAAAAUACUCAUCUAAAACAAAAGUCUCAAAGCUUGCAAAGUUAAACUGAAGUAAAAUUAUCUGGGUUUCAUCUCAUUUACCUAUCAAUUAUUUUAAUAACUCCACAUAAAGCCAGUUCUUAUCUAGUCAUAUUACCAUUCAACGUAAAGUUUACAUUAACUGCCAUUGUAAGACCCUUGAUCCUAUGAAUGACAGAUAAAAAAGUUAAGCCCUGUAGAGAGCUAUAAAAUGAAUAAGUACAGGUCUUUGAGUUCCUAACACAUAUUCAAAGAGCCAUCAAUAAAUGUACUUCAAAUACAAAAGAAAAUCAAUCCUCUUUCUGUAUGGCCUAUCUGCCCCACUUAUUCAUUUGGUUGUGUUUGACGGUUGCCUGCAGUCUAUAGCAACUGCACAGAGAUUAUUCCUUUGUGCCUAGCUUAGUUUCCCUAAUACAUUAAUUUAUGUGAAAGUCGCAGCUAAUCUUCAGAUAUAAAUAUGAACAGGAAAAAUUACUGUGGCAGAAAUUGUUGAACAAAAUAAUAACACACUGUAAAAGAAUAAUGAGCUGAUUUUACUCAAUCACACAUUCACCCUUAAUUUUUAAUAUAUAUCUAUAUAUAUCUAUCUAUCUAUCUAUAUCUAUAUCUAUAUAUCUAUCUAUAUAUAUAUAUAUAUAUAUAUAUAUAUAUAUAUAUAUAUAUAUUUAUUUCUCUAUAUCUAUAUAUAUAUAUAUAUAUAUAUAUAUAUAUAUAUAUAUAUAUAUAUAUAUAUAUAUAUAUAUUAUUCCCAUCCCCUUGUCUCCUGGUGCUACCCAUGGUGCUAAGCUACUCAUGGUUCUAAGACUUACUUUUAGUUUUCCAAAAAAAUCUACUUACUAUGGAUAUAUGAAACAAACAAAAAAGUAUUGUUAGUUUAGUAAAUAAUAUUUUUUUAAUGUGAAAAGGUUGAUAUGAAUCUGUCACCAACCAUUGUAUUUGGUAUAACUUCAGUCCUCUGGUCAUACUUUGUUACUUACAGGUGAGCAUCCCGCCAGUGUCACAGCGACCCCCACUAUGGAACCAGCCCCUCACCAUGAUCACAGACCAAGAUAUGUACAACACCUAUACAUCCCAUUAUGGGGCCGUGCACGGUCUGCCACACAUCUCCUAUGCCACCUCUUCCCCCCAACCCACCGCCACGUGGACCCACACAAACCUGACGCAGCCUCCGCCUCCUGUGCCCAGACCUCCUCUCAGGUCAAGGCCGCUCAGUGCAGGUGCUGCUCGCAGAAAUGUACAGAAUAUUCCCAUAGUUGGACCAGCCAUGGCCAGGACAUGUGAGUACUUAAAUGUAUUAUUCUGUGGCUCAGUUCAUGAAUGCCUUUGUUUUUCAUAAGCGUCUUUCAUUAUUGUAAUGCAAUUUAUGAUGGGUUAAACCACCCCACUGAUUUAACCCCUCUAUCCUGCAGCUGUAGUUGGUGGAUGGGUUGCUCAGCCAAUGUCAAGGACAAGUUCUAUUCCUGACCUACAAGAAAAGGUUUGAAAUCUUUAAUAAUAUAUAAUAAUAUAAUUCUUUAAUGUGUUAAUUUAAAAAAAAAAAAAAUCUCAAAAGUUCAUCAAGGUAACAUACUUUGUAUUUUAUUACAUUCUGAUUAACUCUAUUUCAUUUGAAUGGAUGUUGCUUAGAUUUUGAAACUGUUGCUUUAUUUUUUGAUAGGAUCAGAGACUAGCUCAGAUGUCUGAAGAAAUGAACAGGCUGCGAGGUUUCGAGUUUGAAUCUUUUCGCAAGGAUGCACUUAUACAACAGCUGCAACAACAGAUAGGGGAACUCCAGGUAUUUACAGUACCAGCUGUGUCACAAGUCUAUGUAUCAAUAGCUUUGGUCCUACCAAAAUGUUUUACAAGUCUAUGUAGCAAUAGCUGUAGUACUACCAAUUGUGUUACAAGCCUAUCUAACAAUAUAUGUGAUCCUAACAGUAAGGUUACCACAGCUGGGAUAAAUCUGGACAAAAAAUGCCAUUUUUUUGUAUAAUAAUAAUUGUCUAUGCAUUUGUCUUAUCUACCAUUAUAGAACCAAUCAUUGUCUAUUCAUUUGUUUUACCUGCCUUUAUAGAACCAAUCAUUGUCUAUUCAUUUGUUUUACCUGCCAUUAUAGAACCAAUCAUUGUCUAUUCAUUUGUUUUACCUGCCAUUAUAGAACCAAUCAUUGUCUAUUCAUUUGUUUUACCUGCCUUUAUAGAACCAAUCAUUGUCUAUUCAUUUGUCUUACCUGCCAUUAUAGAACCAAUCAUUGUCUAUUCAUUUGUUUUACAUGCCAUUAUAGAACCAAUCAUUGUCUAUUCAGUUGUCUUAUCUACCAUUAUAGAACCAAUCAUUGUCUAUUCAUUUGUCUUACCUGCCAUUAUAGAACCAAUCAUUGUCUAUUCAUUUGUUUUACUUGCCAUUAUAGAACCAAUCAUUGUCUAUUCAUUUGUUUUACCUGCCAUUAUAGAACCAAUCAUUGUCUAUUCAUUUGUCUUACCUGCCAUUAUAGAACCAAUCAUUGUCUAUUCAUUUGUCUUACCUGCCAUUAUAGAACCAAUCAUUGUCUAUUCAUUUGUCUUAUCUACCAUUAUAGAACCAAUCAUUGUCUAUUCAUUUGUCUUACCUGCCAUUAUAGAACCAAUCAUUGUCUAUUCAUUUGUCUUAUCUACCAUUAUAGAACCAAUCAUUGUCUAUUCAUCUCAGAAAUAUCCAGACACUGGAGUCCUUUAAAACCGAUUUAAAGACACAUUUAUUUCGCAAGCACCUUCUGGGAUGAUUGUCUACCAUAUUUUCCAUUUAAUGCAUAUUAGCUGUGUUGCUCACGGUUGAAAUGGGUUGAAAGACUUUGACAUUGUAUGCUUGUAAUUAGUUUUUGUAGUGUUGCGUUUGUUUUAAAUGUGGUAAAUUAUAAAUUUGUUUUUUUUUGACUUUGUACAGCGCUUCGAGCCUUUGGGGAUGAAGCGUGUUUUUGAAAUGAACUUUAUUAUUAUUAUUAUUAUUUGUUUUACCUGCCAUUAUAGAACCAAUCAUUGUCUAUUCAUUUGUCUUACCUGCCAUUAUAGAACUAGUCAUUGUCUAUUCAUUUGUCUUAUCUACCAUUAUAGAACCAAUCAUUGUCUAUUCAUGUGUCUAAUCUACCAUUAUAGAACCAAUCAUUGUCUAUUCAUUUGUUUUACCUGCCAUUAUAGAACCAAUCAUUGUCUAUUCAUUUGUCUUACCUGCCAUUAUAGAACUAGUCAUUGUCUAUUCAUUUGUCUUAACUGUCCUUAUAGAACCAAUCAUUGUCUAUUCAUUUGUCUUACCUGGCAUUAUAGAACCAAUCAUUUGUCUUACCUGGCAUUAUAGAACCAAUCAUUUGUCUUACCUGGCAUUAUAGAACCAAUCAUUUGUCUUACCUGGCAUUAUAGAACCAAUCAUUUGUCUUACCUGGCAUUAUAGAACCAUUAGUGAGUUGGGUUUCUUCUAUUUUAUUUUAAAUUUUCAUUCUUGGUUUUUCAUAUUUGUUUGCUGAUGGCUGCUUGUUUCCAAUACAUUCAUUGUUCUGUUUUAUAUCAAUUCAAGAUUUUGCAAACCUUGUGCCGUGUAAAUCAUCUACACAUUGCUGUCCUGUAUAAGUCAUCUACAUAUUGCUGUCCUGUAUAAACCAUCUACACAUUGCUGUCCUAUAUAAGUCAUCUACACAUUGCUGUCCUGUAUAAGUAAUAUACACAUUGCUGUCCAGUAUAAGUCAUCUACACUGUGCUGUCCAGUAUAAUUCAUCUACACACUGCUCUCAUGUAUAAAUCAUCUACAUUUUGCUGUCCUUUAUAAGUCAUAUACAGUUUGCUAUCCGGUAUAAUUCAUCUACACACUGCACUCAUGUAUAAAUCAUCUACAUAUUGCUGUCCUGUAUAAGUCAUCUACCCAUUUCUGUCCUGUAUACAUUAUAUACACAUUGCUGUCCUGUAUUAGUCAUCUACAAAUGGCUUUCCUGUAUAAACCAUCUAGACAUUGCUGUCCUUUAUAAGUCAUAUACACAUUGCUGUCCUGUAUUAGUCAUCUACAAAUUGAUGUGCUGUAUAAACCAUCUAUACAUUGCUGUCCCGUAUAAGUCAUCUACACUUUGCUUUCCUGUAUAAGUCAUCUACACAUUGCUUUCUGUAUAAAUUAUCUACACAUUUCUGUCCUGUAUAAAUUAUAUACACAUUGCUGUCCUGUAUUAGUCAUCUACAAAUGGCUUUCCUGUAUAAACCAUCUAGACAUUGCUGUCCUUUAUAAGUCAUAUACACAUUGCUGUCCUGUAUUAGUCAUCUACAAAUUGAUGUGCUGUAUAAACCAUCUACACAUUGUUGUCCUGUAUAAGUCAUCUACACAUUGCUGUCCUGAAUAGCGGUUUGUGGAAGGAAUAGGACUUUAAAUAAAACUCUUUGUUUAAUUUUAGAAUAAGAUACGCCAGGAACCUUCAAUAAUAAUGGGAGGAGACAUGGAUUUAUCAGCCAAAUUGUUGCAUCUUGAGACUGAAGUCAGUGCCAAGAAGGGAGAAAUUGCCGUCCUCAAGGAACAGGUACUUUUUCUUGUCCCUGUCCUCAAGGAACAUGUACUUUUUCUUGUCUCCAUUCUCAAGGAACAGGUACUUUUUCUUGUCUCCGUCCUCAAAGAACAGGUACUUUUUCUUGUUUCCAUCCUCAAGGAACAGGUACUUUUUCUUGUCUCCGUCCUCAAGGAACAGGUACUUUUUCUUGUCUCCGUCCUCAAGGAACAGGUUUUUUUUCUUGUCACCAUCCUCAAGGAACAGGUACUUUUUCUUGUCUCCGUCUGCAAAUUAUUUUCAUCCUUGGAGACCUCUAUUGGCUUCUAUUUAAAAUAAAAAUAUUUGUGUCCAUCUCCAGUUUAUUUUUCGCCCAUUUUCAUGGACAAUUUGAAAUGGUUUUUUAAAAGGACUUUGUUUUUUUGUCAGUCCUGAUGGCAUAGAAAUGUUUUUGUCAGUCCUGAUUUCAUUGAAAUGUUUGGAUUACAGCUGAACAAACUUCAAGAUGACAGAGCCAACAGUCCUCAACUUCUUCGGCAAGAGCUCGGGGAACGAGUCAAAGAAAUCUCCCAUUUGAGGAACGAGUUGGAAAAAGUCAAGAAAGAUAAAAAUAUCACAUCAGGGCUUGUGACACAGAUGCAGCGGGACAUGUCAAAUAAGGUCAGUCAAAGGUUGUAAAACUAAGAUAAUAGUAGUACUGGUCAAUUCUCUACUAAUGGUCAGAUGAUAGUGCGACUAGUCAAAUGUCUUCUGUAUGCCAGAUAAUAGUGAGACUAGUCAAACGUCUUCUGUAGGUCAGAUGAUAGUAACUAGUCAAAUGCCUUCUGUAUGGCAGAUGAUAGUAGGGCUAGUCAAAUUUCUUUUGUAUGCCAGAUAAUAGUGGGACUAGACAAAUUUCUUCUGUAUGCCAGAUAAUAGUGGGACUAGUCAAAUGUCUUCUGUAUGCCAGAUAAUAGUGGGACUAGUCAAAUGUCUUCUGUAUGCCAGAUGAUAGUGAGACUAGUCAAAUGUCUUCUGUAUGCCAGAUAAUAGUGGGACUAGUCAAAUGUCUUCUGUAUGCCAGAUAAUAGUGGGACUAGUCAAAUGUCUUCUGUAUGCCAGAUGAUAGUGAGACUAGUCAAAUGUCUUCUGUAUGCCAGAUAAUAGUGGGACUAGUCAAAUGUCUUCUGUAUGCCAGAUAAUAGUGGGACUAGUCAAAUGUCUUCUGUAUGCCAGAUAAUAGUGGGACUAGUCAAACAUCUUCUGUAUGCCAUAUAAUAGUGGGACUUGUCAAAUGUCUUCUGUAUGCCAGAUGAUAGUGGGACUAGUCAAACAUUUUCUGUAUGCCAGGUGAUAGUGGGACUAGUCAAACAUCUUCUGUAUGCCAGGUGAUAGUGGGACUAGUCAAACAUCUUCUGUAUGCCAGGUGAUAGUGGGACUAGUCAAACAUCUUCUGUAUGCCAGGUGAUAGUGGGACUAAACAUGUUUUUCCCACCAAGGUCUGACAUGUACAAUCAGAUGAUUUUUCAUGUUAAUAAAAUACAAACUACUCAAGUAGAGACAAAAAUCAGAGGAGGCUACAGCUAAAUGUCUCUUUCCCAUAUUUGUACUUUGUUUAUGUAGUUUAUUUGCUACAUAGCAUCUUCAACUGUUUAAAUUUCUAGUGUUCAGAAUGUAGCUUUGAAGAAAUUGCUGAGAAGGUAAUAUUUUGUGUUUUAGUAUGUUUUCUACACUGAAUAUGUCUCAUCACCUCAUUAAGUAAUAGGUCACAAACUCAAUCUGUCUCAUUUAAGAAGUAGGUCACAAACUGAAUAUGUCUCAUUUAAGAAGUAGGUCACAAACUGAAUAUGUCUCAUUUAAGAAGUAGGUCACAAACUGAAUAUGUCUUAUCAUCUUAUUAAGAAACAAGUCACAAACUGAAUAUGUCUUAUCAUCUUAUUAAGAAACAAGUCAAAAACUGAAUAUGUCUUAUCAUCUUAUUAAGAAACAAGUCACAAACUGAAUAUGUCUUAUCAUCUUAUUAAGAAAAAGUCACAAACUGAAUAUGUCUUAUCAUCUUAUUAAGAAAAAGUCACAAACUGAAUAUGUCUUAUCAACUUAUUAAGAAACAAGUCACAAACUGAAUAUGUAUUAUCAUCUUAUUAAGAAACAAGUCACAAAAUGAAUAUGUCUUAUCAUCUUAUUAAGAAACAAGUCACAAACUGAAUAUGUCUUAUCACCUUACUAAGAAAAAGGUCACAAACUGAAUAUGUCUUAUCAAUUUGUUCAGAAAUAAGUCACAAACAGAAUAUGUCUUAUCAAUUUGUUCAGAAAUAAGUCACAAACAGAAUAUGUCUUAUCAACUUAUUAAGAAACGGGUCACAAAUGAUUUCAUAAAAAAUGUUUUAGCUUUCACUAGAGUGUUAAUUUUAUUUCACAAGUGUGUUGUGUAGCUUCAUCCAUGUUGACGGAUCACAAUCAUUCUAAAUGGAUCACUUCUUACCCCCAAUCAUGCUGAUGGAUAACUGCUUAGCCCCAUCCAAGCUGAUAGAUCAUAUUAUGUUUAUUUCAAAUUCAUAACAAAUAAUAAUUUGUCAAUAAAUUUAACUACAUCAUCUAAACUUAACAAGCAACUGUCGUGGCUGGAAUGCUGAGAUAGUUACAUCAUCAUGAUGAUCAUUUCAAGAUAGUUGGGUUGAUCUCCAUUCUUUGGAGAUUUUUUUAGGGUAAAACGGUGCUGCUUUCCCUUUAAUUUCAAAUAACGUGUUUGUAGCUUUUUCUUGUAUUGACUCCACACAAUCACCAGACAAUCACAUGCAUAUUUUGAUCCCAACACUCACAUUAUGUUUGCAUCAAGUUGGUCAAUCAACAUGUAAAUUUGCUAUCAAAUUUUUUAUACAUAUUUUUUAAUUGGCUACAAUUCUUUUCUUUUAACAAAAGACAUCACAAAAUUGUAGCCAUUGACCAUCAGUUAAGAGAUGUCACUCCAGAGUGAAAAGUUUUAUGACAAAAUCCACCCUUUUGAACUGACAUGUAAUGUAACUUUAUCUACCAGACAGUUAUAAAAUCACUUACUUGGCUAGCUUAAAUGACAAUAGUGAGGACAUUUUUCUGAUAAUAAUUUAUAUGAACAUACUGACUACUAAGAGUCUAACUUUUGUCUGUCUCAUUCUAGGAUGGUACCAUCAGUCGAUUGACUCGAGAGAUUGAAGUCCUUAAAAAAGAUGUAAGGGAAAAAGAUGUUCAACUCACAGCCAACUCUGCCAAGGUAAAUAGUGUUAGAAUGUUAACAUUUGGUCUUUGUCUCAUUAGGAUGUUAACAUUUGUUAUUUAAAUAAUUGGGAUGUUAACAUUUGGUCUUAGUCUCAUUAGGAUGUUAACAUUUGUUAUUUAAAUAAUUGAGAUGUUAACAUUUGGUCUUAGUCUCAUUAGGAUGUUAACAUUUGUUAUUUAAAUAAUUGAGAUGUUAACAUUUGGUCUUAGUCUCAUUAGGAUGUUAACAUUUGUUAUUUAAAUAAUUGAGAUGUUAACAUUUGGUCUUAGUCUCAUUAGGAUGUUAACAUUUGUUAUUUAAAUAUUUGGGAUGUUAACAUUUGGUCUUUGUCUCAUUAGGAUGUUAACAUUUUUUCUUUAAAUAAUUGGGAUGUUAACAUUUGGUCUUAGUCUCAUUAGGAUGUUCUUUAAAUAAUUGGGAUGUUACCAUUUGGUCUUUGUCUCAUUAGGAUGUUAACAUUUGUUAUUUAAAUAAUUGAGAUGUUAACAUUUGGUCUUAGUCUCAUUAGGAUGUUAAAAUUUGUUAUUUAAAUAAUUGGGAUGUUAACAUUUGGUCUUUGUCUCAUUAGGAUGUUAAGUUAACAUUUGCUCAGUGUUGACAGAGGAGUCAAUAUUUAGUAUUGUUCAAUGUUUAUGUAGACUAAUAAUGUUUUGUUGUUGAAUUAAUAACUUAUCAUAGUUUAGUGAGUUCUAGAAUACCGUACUUCUCUUCUCAUUUACAGAUUAUGAACUAAAAUCUAUUAAAAAAAAUCUUGCUCCACUCUAACUGACCACUGUAACUGAGCAUUUUAAUUAACCACUGCCACUGACCACUAACUGAUUACUGUAACUGACCACUGUUACUGAUCACUGUAACUGAGCAUUUUAAUUGACCACUGACCACUGUGACUGACCACUGUAACCAACAUCAGAAACUGACCACUGUAACUGAUCACUGUAACUGAUCACUGCAACUGACCACUCUAUUGUGACAAAACAAUCAUGUGACUCCUCAUGACCUAUCUAUAUCAUCACAUAUUCAUCACCACUGGCCUCAUCUUUGACACUUCACCACUGGCCUCAUCUUUGACACUUCACCACUGGCCUCAUUUUUGACACUUCACCACUGGCCUCAUCUUUGACUAGGAUAAAUUAAAGAUAACUUUUUAUUUUAAAAUAGAACUAUUUUUGUAAAUCUAAACAUUAAAAAAAAAAAAAAACACUUUCUUUGCAUUGUGCACAUUUGCUUGAAAUGCUUGGAUUUUAACAGUUGUUUUGAUUUAAUUGCAUUGUUUUAAACAUUAUUUGCACAUUGCUACAUUAUUGAUGCACCACAUUGCUAUUUAUUGGUGCAACACUUUAAUAUGAAUGGAAGCAUCCAGCCACAAGCAAUAUUUUCUCAAAGUUGAAAUAAAUAAUAUUGUUUUAAUUUCUCCCUGGCCCAAUUUUGAUUUAUUAUUACCAUAACAAUCUGAUUAACUACCAUAACAAUUUGAAGGUUUACCAAAAGUUAUUGACAGAGAAUCAAUUAAACAUGAACGAGACUUAAAUAUUAGAAUAUAAUUUAUUGUAUUAACCAAUGUCUUUGAUUAACUUCCCCUGACUGUUUGAAUGUUCCAUCAUAAAGGAAAUACCUCCCUAUCUAAGGCUUGUUGGUGGGGUAAGAGGUUCUAGACAUAUUUGCCAGCAGUCACCAUAACAUUAGUCUGCUAACAAUUGGUACAUUUCUUGAAAUUCGAGGAUUGUUUUUGUUAAAUUCAGUCACAGUCCAAUGAACCGUAAAGUUCAAUGAUUUUGUGUUUCACAUAGAACUGUACCAAGGAAAACUAAACUUCAUUCUAAUUAAAAAAAUAUUAUUUUUUUUUUACUAAUCAACAAUAUUUACCUUUUUUGGUAACAUUCUAACAAAUUAAUACAACAUCUUUUCUGUAGAUAAUACUAAAAUUUUUCUCUCUCAAAAUAACAUGCAAUGUAUUAUGUCCUUCAUAUAUUGUGUGUUUUAUUUCUUAUGUCCUUUAUAUAUUGUAUGUUUUAUUUCUUACUUAUGUCCUUCAGAUAUUGUGUGUUUUAUUUCUUAUGUCCUUCAUAUAUUGUGUGAUUUAUUUCUUAUGUCCUUUAUAGGCCUAUAUUGUGUGUUUUAUUUCUUAUGUCCUUCAGAUAUUGUGUGUUUUAUUUCUUAUGUUCUUCAGAUAUUGUGUGUUUUAUUUCUUAUGUCCUUCAUAUAUUGUGUUUUAUUUCUUAUGUCCUUCAUAUAUUGUGUGUUUUAUUUCUUAUGUCCUUUAUAGGCCUAUAUUGUGUGUUUUAUUUCUUAUGUCCUUUAUAGGCCUAUAUUGUGUGUUUUAUUUCUUAUGUCCUUCAUAUAUUGUGUGUUUUAUUUCUUAUGUCCUUCAGAUAUUGUGUGUUUUAUUUCUUAUGUCCUUCAUAUAUUGUGUGUUUUAUUUCUUUGUCCUUCAGAUAUUGUGUGUUUUAUUUCUUAUGUCCUUCAUAUAUUGUGUUUUUUCACCAAAGAAAUAAUUUUCCCAUUCAGACUUUUGUUCAUUAUUAAGUUGUGGCUGCAAAGCAUAGCAACACAUAGCACCUUCCUCCUGUUGUGUAUAGAGUUAAGGAAUCAUAUAUCAUUUGUAAAAUUAACAGUAUAUUCUUUAUAAUGCUUUUCAAGAACCCUUUUUCCUUUUUUCUGUUGUGUCUUCUUUUUUUACAAUUUUGUAUAUCAACUAAGGCCAUGUGUAAUGUCAUAACAUUUUUUUAAAAAUGUUUUAGAUAUAACAGUUUAAUAUCUUGUUUACAUAUUAAAAAUACAUGCCAGGUAUACUUAUAUUAUUAGCUUUCUAAUACUUCUGUGUGCAAACAUAACACAAUCUUGUUCAUACAGCGUUUCAGUAUUUUAGUCGAAUGUAUCAUAGAUGAAAAGCUUGAGUCUCUCUAGGAAGAAAUGGAUCUGACUUUUUGAUAUUUCUGUUUUAAAUGCAAUUAUAAACUUUUUAAAAUGAUCAUCUCUCUUUAGUUUCCUCUGAUUCCUCGAAAGAACUUUCAUUUUAAUUAUAUUAUCUUUCUUAGAUCUUAUUUUAAAAUGACAUUAUUUUUUUAUUAAUAUUGUGUUCAUUGUAGGUUAUUCCCACAUUUUACAAUAGAGCAAACCUCAAUACCUUAAUUAAAGCUUCUUAAUUUAAUUACAUUCAAGAUUCGUUCAAGUUUAUUAGUCAUCAUUCAGAAAUAGGUGAAAGAAAAAAUCAGAAAUUUUAACAGAACUAGAAAGGAAAUGAAAGGCUAUGUUUACAGAACUAGAUAGAAAAUUUAAGGAAAUGUUAAUGGAACUAGGUAGAAAACAUACAGAAAUAUUAACAUGACUAGAUAGAAAACAUACAGAAGUGUUAACAGAACUAGACUGAAAACAGGAAAUAUUAACAGAACUAGAUAGGAAUAUUAAGUAUUGGUUUACAGAACUUGAUAAAAAAUUUAAGGAAAUGUUAACAGAACUAGAUAGGAAAUGUAAGUAUAUGUUUACAAAACUAGAUGGAAAAUUUAAGUCAGAACUACUUAUUGUUAAAAAUGAGGAAAUUUAUAAUCGUUAUAUACGAUUCAUGUGGAAUUUUUAUGAACACAGAAAAACAGGGAUUCCCCAAAAGCUGUCGAAGAGACAAAUGCUAGAGAAAAAGAACUAAUCUCACUCAGACAGGUAAUCAAAUAUUUUAGAAAAUCUUUGGUUUAACAUUUUUUUCCAUGAGAAUUGAAGGGAAAAGUCCAACCUGAAAAUAUUUUGUCUAGUUUUUUGUCAACAUAAAUUGUCAUGGAGUUUUGUGUUAUGAAAAUACAUAAUUGUAUAAUUAGUAAAAGUAUAGAAUUCUUUAAAAAUUGCAUGUGCUAGCAGCAAUUUAUAUAGUAGCAAAUAGUUACAACUUGGAAUUGGACAGUUUAUAAUAAAUUCAAUCAGACCUGACGAAUACAUGGAUGCUAUUACAGAUGUUUACAUUAUUGCUAUUCAUCGUUCUGUUUAUGCAGAAAUUUAAGACUGCAGAAAGUAAAAUACAAGAACAAGCUGACCUCAUCACAGCUCUACGAGAGGAACUGGACAAGUCUAAGACUCUAAUCUUGUCAGAGAAAGAUGCACAACGCACAAUUCAGAGCGAGCUUGACACUGCCAGAAAUCAAGUUCAUGACGUUCAGAGGACAGAAAGGACGGUCAGGGUUGAUCUGGAACAGUCUCAGAAGAGGGUCAGUCAUUUAAAAAAAAAAUCAGGUUUAUUUAUAACAACUGUAUGAGAACCCUCCUUUUUGCCAAUACUUCCAAACCCGUCUGAACACAUGAAGAUUUUCUUUCAAAAGUUGAGAAAGUCAUCCUUGAUUUUAAUUAUGGAACAAAACUUGAAAUGAAAAUAUUCAAUAAAUAAUCUGUACCAAAUAUUUUAAAAUUUCAGUUUGAGAGAUUUAGAUCUCGGGUGUUUCAAGUAACUUUCUCAACUCCCGGAGUUAAAGCCCCUGAAAAAGAACUCUCUGAUGAUGAAGUAAUAGAAUCUUUGAAGAAACUUAUUGAAGAAAGAGCAAAACUGAUCUCUAACAUCAAAGAGCUUGAAGCAAAUGUCACAAUUGCCCAUUCAGGAAAAGAUGAGCUUCUUAAGCAUGCAGAGAAGCUGAAAGAGGUUUUGGACUCAUCUGUGGUAAGUGCAGGAAGGCAGUUCUCAUAUUCUUAUCUAUUACUGUGGCCUUCAAUUGUAAGUUGUCAUAGUUGACUCUAUACUGUAGUCUUCAAUUGUAUGUUUUCAUAGUUGACUCUAUUACUGUAGCCUUCAAUUGUAAGUUUUCAUAGUUGACUCUUUUACUGUAGCCUUCAAUUGUAAGUUGUCAUAGUUGACUCUAUACUGUAGUCUUCAAUUGUAAGUUUUCAUAGUUGACUCUAUUACUGUAGCCUUCAAUUGUAAGUUGCCAUAGUUGACUCUAUUACUGUAGUCUUCAAUGGCAAGUUGCCAUAGUUGACUCUAUUACUGCAGUUUGCUUUUAUCUUCAUAUUUCUUAUUUGCAUUAAAUAAGUUAAAAUAAAUUGUGAGCUUAAGUGAUCUAAUUAUAAUGGUCUAAGUAUGGUUUCUUGACAUGUGCAGAAACGACUGAAGGACAAUGGCAGACUUGAAGUGUCUCUGAGGCAGGAGCUGAGCAUUAUUCAGUCUGUUGGAACUGAGGAGUCCCUCAUAUGGAUACGGGACCUGUUACUGGAGACCUUGACCUCUGAGCUGGAAUGGGAGCUUAAAAUAGAACAAGCUCUGGAGAAAUGUGGAGUUAAUCUGAAGAUCACAACAGAUGGUAAAGAUUUUUUUUUCAUUUUUCACCAUUGUGGACUUACUUGUCAUGCAGAUUAUCAAAACUGGUCACAAACUAUUCUUCCUUCAAAUUAAUUAAAUAAUUUAGUAUAUUUAUUAAAUCUGGGUCUGUUUCAGAGUGACCAACACAUGUGGGAUACUACAACAUGUAGGCUUUUUAAACUUGGGAGUGGGGGAGGGGGGCGGUUGAAGACUGUGGAGGUGACAAGGAAGGCAACUUUUUGUAAUUCUGGGGAAGGGGUUUGAAAAGUGAGGCAGUAUUCCUCACAGCUGAGACACUAAGUUGAAGACUGUGGUAAUUUAAGAUAAGAUAAGAUUCUUUUUUUGAACCUAUUAAAUGGAUUAUUAAUUUUUGAUCACAUUGUAAAUAUUCAUUUUCAGCACAUAAAUUAAUACAUAUUUUAACCAAGACAACAUUUUAUAAUUAUAGCAAUUUAAACACAAGACAUCUAAAGUAUCUCUCUCGCAUAAAAAUCAACACAAAAAAAAAAAAAGAAAGGAAAAGAGAUUGUUUGUCUGAGCAUAUAUUCUAUUUAAAGAACACUCUUGACAUUUUCUCUUAAUUUGCAUUUCAAUUAGUAUAGCUAAAGAUAAGUUUAAUAUUUUAAUAUAUUCCAUAGAUCAUAGAUUAUUGUAUAAAUUUGUUUCAGUCCCAGUUGUCAUUUAGUAAAGAUCUUCGGGUAGAUAAUUGGGUAAAUCUUCAGGUAGAUCUUAAGAUAGAAUAUCUCAAUAAACAUAGAUUAUUGUGUUCAUUAGAUCCUAAAACAUCCCUGUAAAACAUACAAUAUAAUAAUCAUAAGAUCCCAACACAUCCCUGAAAAAACAUAGAUUAUUGUAUUUUUUAGAUCCCGGCAAACACAUUGAGGCCUUGUAUUCCCGCUGGGAGUCAUCACUCAGUGAGACAGAGAAGCUCAAGGCACAGAUCGCUUCACAGGUGGAGUCCUACAAGUCAGAGCUGGAGGUCCAGAUGAAUGCUCUCACUGCAGAGAUGGAGGCCAAGGUUCAAGAUGCUGUGGAGAAAACCAAACUAGAAGGCAAUCCUUUGUUUUGUCUGUUUGUUUUGGGGUUUGUUUUGUGUGUCUCAUUUGUGUUUGUUGAACUAAAAGUAAAAUUUCUUUUUAAAUUUCUUUUGAUUCAUCAGAAAAAAAGGCAAGUUAUUAUUUUAAAUGUCACCAGAGUAGCUGCCCUUGCCCCUAUUUCCUCAUGUUCUUACUCAUGUUCUUCAUGAUUAAAUCUAACCCUAACAUUUGACUUAAAUUAGUAACGCAAUGGAUAAUUGAUUAAAUCAACAACAAAAUGAUGUUCAUGAUGUACAAAAUCAAAUUUUUUGCAGGAACCUUGUGUACAAAAUAGAGUAAAACAUAAGAAAAUAAAUUAUAACAUAAGCUUGCUCCCCAAAGUUAUUUUAUUUGUAAAUAAUUACUUUUCAUCGAUUGAAACAAACAUGUUUGGAUGCCUUAAUCUAAAAUAAAAACAUCAGAGAUAUUUGUAUUUACAUGUCACUGUAGGUCACUGUUGGUCACUGUUGGCAUUCCCACAGAAUGAAAACAAUAAAUAUUUCUCUGAUUUUAACAGGUGAAAGAAAACUGAACCAAGCUAUUGAUGAAAUUAGGGCAGUGGAAACAUCAAAGAGAGAAAGUCUCAUUGAAGCAGAGAGGAGGAAGAUUCAUGAAUUAGAGGCUUCUCUGGAGCAGUUGAGAGGGGUAGGUUGAUAGAUGUGUGGAGCAGUGGAGAUGGGUAGUUUGGGGUGAUCUAUAACAAAGGGUUGCAAAGUUGUGAGGGGGGGGUUAGAUUUACCUAUAACAAAUGAGUUGCAGGUCUGAGAGUAGGUUGAUCUAUGACAAAUAAGUUGCAGGUCUGGAGGUAGGUUUGAUCUAUGACAAAUGAGUUGCAGGUCUGAGGCUAGGUUGGAUCUAUGACAAAUGAGUUGCAGGUCUGAAGGUAGGUUUCAUCUAUAACAAAUGACUUGUAGGGGUGCAGUGGACGUUUUUUUUAAAUGUUACCAUAGCAGUGACAAUGACACAAACAAUAUGUAGGUCACAAUGACACAGACAAUAUUUAGGCCAUAAUGACACAAACAGUAUGUAGGUCACAAUGACACAGACAAUAUUUAGGCCAUAAUGACACAAAAAGUAUGUAGCUCACAAUGACAUAGACCAUGUGUUAGUCACAAUGAUACGAACAGUUUUUAGGUCACAAUGCCUCUAACAAUAUGUAAAUCAAAAUGAUAAAAACAAUAUGCAGAUCAAUAUGCCUCAAACAAUAUGUGUAUGAACAAGAGUGCCACCACAUAGGGGAAGUUACUGUGAUCUGACAUUCACUUGCGCUUAUUCACAUUAUAUGUAUAUCUAUUUUUCAGGCCCUGGCUGAACGCCAGGCUGAAGACCAGGCCAGGUUGGCUGAAGCUUGCGCAGCCUUACAAGAGCUGGAGCAGCUGAGAAACACAGAACAAAAGCUCAAGGAAGAGGUCUUGAAAACUGAGGCUUUACGAUCUGAUGAGGCUGAAAAGGUGGCUCAUGGGGAACUAUAAUUUUUUAAAAUUCUCUGUUAAUUUUUAAAUCCAGUAGCUUAUUAUACAUUGACUGGAAAAGUAUUUUCAGUUUGCCUAAGUAAAUCAUUGUCCAUUUGAAAAAUACUACUUUUGGAAUCUUAAAAUAUUGAAUUCUAACCUAAAUGAUUUAUUGUAAUUCUGACUUAUCUUCUAAUGUAGCAAUCUGACACGGUGUCUCUAAUAAAGGAUUCUUAAUUGGUCUGUCUUCCAAAGAGAAUCUUACUUUGUCUUUCUUCUAUAAAUGUACUAGAAUGGUCUUCCUUUCACAUGGAUUCAGACAUUGUCUUUCAAUUAUAGGGCUUAGGCAUUCUGACCUAGUCUGUUCUCUUUCUUAAUAACUAUUCUUUUUGCUACAGGAGCAGACAUCUACUGGGAACUGGAACUGAUUAAUUCUAUGACUAACAUUAAGAUGUAUAUGGUUUCAAAGAUUGAUGCUUGUGUUCUUGAUAUGGUUUCAAAGAUUGAUGCUUGUGUUCUUGAUAUGGUUUCAAAGAUUGAUAUUGGUGUUCAUGAUAUGGUUUCAAAGAUUGAUAUUUGUGUUCAGGAUAUGGUUUCAAAGAUUCAUGCUUUUGUUCUUGAAGGAUUUUCUUUAAAACAAUGAAUACUUUUCCAGUUCUCUGUUGAAAAAUCUGGACUUGUUGAAAAGUUUGAGUCUGAUCUGUCAACAUACAAGGAACAAAUAAAGCAACACUCUGUCACAAUCUGUACCAUGGAGGAAAGGGUGGAUAAGCUGAUGAAGAAAAAUAAAGAUUAUCAAGAACAGAUAAAUAGUAAGUCGUAGGAUGACCUCCCUUGCUGUCAUUUCUAUCUCCUGUUAAUAGUUGGAAGAUUUAAUGAGAUUAUGUUAAUCCAGAGAUAUUUAGUUAAAAAUAAAUUAUGUAAUUGUUUUAAUGGAUGAUGUUAUCACCUGUGGAUGUUUGUGUGUAAAUCCAACAGAAUUGAAGUCAGAUAAAUCCAAGCCGUCCUUACCGCCGAAGCCAAAGGUCAUCAUACAGAGACCAACGGAUGAACUGACAGCCCUAGAGCAUGUCGUUAAUGCCCUCAGGUAUUCUCAUAUAAAUAUUUUGUCGUUCCCAAUAUAUUAAGCAAAGUAAUGGACCAGUAAAACAAACUGCAGAGAACAGUGACCGGAGACCAGGGACCAGAGACCAGGGACUAGAGACCUGGGACCAGAGCUUGUAAUUUAUAUAAAGCUUAUGCUCAAGUAGAUAAAUCUUAUCAAGUUAUUUAAGAUAAAUAUGUGGCUAUUUUAAAUAUGUGUGUCCUUUUUCCUCUGCCAGACAAGAGAACACAGUGCUCAAGAAAGAGAUCAGGGACUCUCAAGAUUGCAUCAAGGGUCUUAGACGUGACCUCUCAGGGGCUUCAGCUCGACUGUCUGACAUUUCUGGGGAGAUGAGUGAAUCCCAGAAACAAGAGAUGGAGAGAAACCGUGACCUGCUGCAGCAGAGGGCCACAGAACUGACAGAACUGAGGCAGCAGAUGGCCAAGCUGACAAGGAUUAUUGACACACAGAAGGAAGAAAUCAAAAAGUUGGAAGCAGGACUGAAGUAGGUUUUGUAAUCAAAUCAAUUUGUUUCAUGUCUUCAUGAUGUAAUUAACUUUUUAUGAAUGUCUUUCAUGAGGUAUUCCAUGUCUGUUAUGAGCUGUUGCUUGUCUGUCAUGAAGUGUCAUGUGAUCAAAAGAAGCAACAUUUAACCAUGUGCUGUUUUGACAAACCUUCUACCAUCUCUGCUGUUUUGACAAACCUUCUACCAUCUCUGCUGUUUUGACAAACCUUAUACCAUCCCUGCUGUUUUGACAAACCGUCUACCAUCUCUUCUGUUUUGACAAACCGUCUACCAUCUCUACUGUCCACCAUCUCUACUGUUUCAUCAGAAGUUUGACUUUGAUGCACAUAUCUUAACUAUUAACCAAUGAAUUUAAGAAAUGCUGCUGCAUAAUUAUUUUUGAUUUUUCCAUUUUUAGUGUUGAAUUUUGUAAAUUGUAAAAUAUUUAAUAUGAUGUACAGGUCAACGAAUUAAUCAUUUAUUGAGCUAACCAAAAGUCAUAGGUUUAAUUAAGUAGGCCUGGUCCAUUUGUUUUACUGAAUAAUGCUUUUUACAAAUAUGGUAUUUAAAUAUGACUUUGUUAUACCAUUCUUAUAAACCAUUGAUAUUAAUUUUACCUAAUUUUAUUUCUGUUGUGGCACAUGCCAUUCAAUAUUUUUAAAAUGAUUUUUACAAUUUAUUUGGCUUAACUCUUUCGCUGCGGAAUUUUUUUUUAUCGAAGACAUUUUUAUUUUUUUCGAAGAGCCAAAAUGAGUGAGAGUUUUGGUUUCUUAAAAAAAAUAUUUAAAAUAUUAUUCUUUGGUUUAUAAGACUAAACUCGGUAUCAAAUGAAAGAUAUUUGAAAAGACUAUAUGUUUGUAAGCUUAUUUCUUCAGUUUAAAUAAAAUAACUUACAGAAAAGAACCAUAAAAUGUGAAAACAUUUUAUGCUAAACCAUUUUUUCCACAAACCCAUUUAUGUACGCAUCCCUCAUCUUCACUUCUAUAACUCAAAUCCUCUAAAACUACCACUAUCGGAAUCAUGCGAUGGAUCUAAAUAUAAAUCAUCUUCCCUAUUAAAAGAAAUAGUAUUAAACUAUUCCAAAGCUUUUUGAGCUGUUAAUCGUCUAGGAAACUUAUUCACCUACUAGGGCCUAGAGUGGCCAUAGCAACAGAAUAUAAAAAAAGUGAAUAAAAUCAAUAAAAUAAUGCUUCAAAUGACAACAAAUAAACCUUGGUUUCACUUAUAAACAAUGAAAUACUAAUCUUCUAUGUAAAAAUCUUAUUUAAAAAUAGUUCUUAAAAAGUUUAACCGAGAAAUAGCAAAGAAACAAACAUUAUAUUGAAAUAUCGCACAGCGCGUUGGUCUGUGCUUUUGAGAACGGCGGAAGAAUGCAGUGUGCGUUGUUCCAAUUCGAAAGAGUUAAUAGUAACAUUGUAACAACCAUGUUAUCAUCACAUCUUUAAAAGUAAACAUCUUUGUCAUUGGAAAACAACAAAAUGUUAGAGAGUAUCACAAUAUUUCUAUAUAUAUUUAAUGAAUAGAUCUCUACAUUUUUUUCUCUUCAGUCCUAGUUUUUAAUGACAUGAGUUCUGAAGGAAUUGUUAGCUAUGUUUGAAUCCCCUUGAUUUUGUUUCAGUAAAGAACAAAGUCUGUCAUCAAGGUACAAGCUCAAUGUUGAUGAAUACAGUGGUCAUCUGAAGCGUUUGGAAGACGAGUUGGCCCGAGAGAAGGAGGAGCAGAAGAAACAAUUGGAUCUUAUUGAACAGGAGGUGGGGGAAAAAUUAUCUAUGGCUUGAUACAAUUUUAUUUUAUAACGUUAAAAUAGCAGGUGUUUGGAAGUUGAUUUUUUUAAGUUUUGGAAGUAGAUGUUUUAAAUUUGUUUGAAAGUUGAUUUUUUGAAGUUGUUUGGGGUUUGCAUAAACAUUUGUGAUGUAAACUACAAUUUCUGAAUGACAGAUUUUAGAGUUGUCUUCUCGUCAACGUUUAGGGCCGUAUCACAUCUGAACUUACGAGUCUUGGCGCCCAGUGCAGAGGGGAGAGGCACGAGCAGAUUAUAUCCCGACAGAGAGAGGCUCUGGCUGAACUGAGGGCAAAGGUCAAACUUCUGGAGCAAUCAAGGCCAUUAUGUAGGUCACAAUUACUUUAUUGUAGAGAGUUUAUUGAGUAGCUCUUUAAGAAAUUAUUUUGAAUACAUGGUGUUUAUGCUGGAAGGAUCCCCCCUCAUGUACAAAAUAAAAAUAAAAACUACUUUACUGUACAAAACUUGUGUGUUAGAAAAUGUAAUCUCUGAAUAUUCAGUAAUAGUCUCCCUUUAAUUUGACAAGUUAUCAAAUUUGAAUUAAAAGGAGAACAAAUAUUUAAAAAAAAUUAUUGUCAUGCUCAAAAUACAUUUUGUGCACAUCAAGGAAAUUUUACACACAAACGAUUAUUUUUUUUUGGUAUUGGGGUAUAGCAGUAGUAGGCCUAUAUUUAUAAUCCAUUUUUUUACCCAAAAAGGAAAUAAUUUCUGGUACCGGUAUCUGUGACAUGUCUUUAAUAGGUGGGGAUAAUAAAGUAAAGGCUGUGUGGAAAAAGCAAGUACAGGUGUCUCUCUCAGUGUGUCUCACUGUGUCUGCCACUGGCAUCAUGUCAGUUUUGUCAAGUAGAGCAUUUCUUGUUUUAAAUUAAAUGUUUUUUUUCCUUGUAUCUGCCUUGCCCCAGUGCCCACCCAAGAUCAGGCCUUGCAUCAGGUUUUACUAUUGAAGAAAGAGUUGGCGGAGAUGAGGGUCAACCAGGCUUAUGCUGAGGAUAAAAUCAUCAAGAGUGCCACAUCGCUGGACAGGGAGGUCGGCAAGGCUCGUGGUCUCAUUACCCCCGCUAACUUUGAGGCAGAAAUGGAGAGGAGCGCGCACAGAGAAACGAUGGAUGCCCUGGAUUGCAGUGAGGCUACGGUAAAAUAUGAAGGAUAUUAUACAAAUUUUGAUAACAAGUGUCUAUAUAUAGAUCAGAGGUCCCCAACAAGUUGCCCAGGUUGCAACCCUUCAAAGUAAUUGAAUGCAGUUCAGCAUACAUAGUAUACAACAUAUUCUCUUAUAUAAAUGCACAUGUGAUAUAUUUCCAGAAGAUUCCUUCCUUUGUAUAAACUUGGCUGUUAUAAGAGCAAUAAAUGGGGUAGCUAUGAGUAGAGUGGUUGGGGUAGCAAUGAGUAGAGUGGCUAAUGGACCAUUGAUACAGAUUAACAAAAUAUAUCAUGACAGAAAUACCAUCAAUCACAGAUUGGUUCUUGCCUCACACUUAUAAAAAUGUAAUCAUGAUAAAUUGAUUCCUAUUGUUUUCAUCACACAGACAUUUACUUUAGUUGGUGAUUAAGCAAAAAUUGUGUAGCGGGUUAGGAUUGUUUUCAGUUUGUAGCCUGCCCUAGUUCUUUCAAUGGUUGUAAAAGAUCCUCAUAGAAUACCAAGUCAGUUUUGUUAUUUUACUUUACAGUCAUUUUCUGUUGACAUAAAACUGUUUAUAAAUUAUUAUGCAGGACUAAAAAGCUAGUGCAGUUCAGAAAAUUGUUUCUAUUUGUUUACAAUUUGUUCACUUCUAGUUCAUGGCUUUGUUGCGGUCAGUGGCAUCAUCCCUUGACCUUGAUGAGAUUGAAGGUCUGCGUCCGAUGGCCCAUUCCCCUAAAGACGAAAGAGAAUUGUUGAUGGUGGCAAGGGAGAGGGCCUGCCAGCUUUUAGUGAAUCGUAUACAUGUCCUGAAAGAAAGGAUUGCCCGAAAGGAUGAACUCCUGAAAGGCUAUGAGCUAGACUUGACUAAACUUAGGUACAUCACAUCUUGUCUUACUUGUCUUAAAUAAGGUACAUCACAUCUUGUCUCACCUGUCUUAUAUAAGGUACAUCACAUCUUGUCUUACCUGUCUUGUAUAAGGUACAUCACAUCUUGUCUCACCUGUCUUAUAUAAGGUACAUCACAUUUUGUCUUACCUGUCUUAUAUAAGGUACAUCACAUCUUGUCUUACGGUCUUAUAUAAGGUACAUCACAUCUUGUCUUACCUGUCUUAUAUAAGGUACAUCAUAUCUUGUUUUACCUGUCUUAUAUAAGGUACAUCAUAUUUUCACUGUUUUAUUAUUAUUUUACCUUACAUGUCUUACAUAAUUCUUCUCCCACAAGACCGAGGAACAUUGUCAUAAUGACCAGUGGUGACCUACAUUUAAUUUCUUGCUAGAUGUAAACAAAGAUUCUGAUGGCUGAUAAUUAUAUUGAAUGUUUGCCAAAUAAUGUAUUGUUCAACAUGUUGAUCAACAUAUUGUUCAACAUGUUGUUCAACAUAUUGUUCAACAUGUUGUUCAACACGUUAUCUUUAUAAAAUGUAUCAUUUAGUUGAUGGUGAGUUGAGUGCAAUUUAAAUUUCCUUCGACAUUUUAAAAUUGUUGUUUUUUGGUUUAGACAAUCACAAGAAUUGGCAGAGAGACAAUCUCACCAAGUAGAAACCCUUGCUGUAAGUUGUUUUUUUUUUUUUUUUACUGCUGCACCUGUAUUACUGUUCAUCAUUUUUAUUUUGAAAUUUUGGAAAUCUACUUUUAUCAAAAUAUUUAUUACAAUAUUAAGAUAUUUAAAUCAACCAAGUAGAAACCCUUGCUGUAAGUUGGUUUUUUUUUUUUUUUACUGCUGCACCUGUAUUACUGUUCAUCAUUUUUAUUUUGAAAUUUUGGAAAUCUACUUUUAUCAAAAUAUUUAUUACAAUAUUAAGAUAUUUAAAUCAAAUGCAACUGUUAUGUUUGACAUUGAUAAAAAGUGGGACUCCACUAAAAGCCUUUAAACAAAAGUGUUAAAAGGGAUGUCAUGAUACUAAAGUUAUUUUGUCUUGAUACUAGAGUUAUUUGUUGAGGCAAUCAGGAUCCUUUGCCCUGAUAUAUCAUCUAGUUGUGUAUCAACAGAAUGACAUAAGAAGCAGAUCUGAGGAAUCUGAAUACCUCAGAGAGUCACUCAACAGAACAAGAGACCGGCUCAACCAGGAGAAACGGCUUAACACAGCCAUUAAACAGAAAAAGGUGAUUGAUUUUUUCCCUUUCUUUAGAUUUCAUUGAUUGCGAGGUAUGUACCUGGGGGAAUUUUGUGAUUUCGUAACAUUAUAAGAUAUUAAAAUAAUGACGGGGGGGGGGGGGGAGGGGGGGUGGUGGGAGAAAGGUUUUAAGUGAGCUCUUAAAUAGUUGCUUAUCUAAAAGUAGCUCAAGGAAAGAUCACUCUAUCUCUUAGUCUAUCUGUAGGUUUAUCUGUCACUCUAUCUUUUGGUCUAUCUGUCUCUCUACCAUAUUGUUGAGUGAUAUAAAUGAUGUAAUUCUUGAUUUAAAAUAUUGAAAUAUUUAUUAAAUAUAUUAUUAAAUAUUUUAAAGUGAAUAAUUUGAUCAUCUGGAUGUGAAUUAUUUAUUUGUAACACCAUUUAUAUUUGAUGUAUAUAUACCAACAAAAAUAUAUAGACCUAUUUCUUUCUGUGUUUUGAGUAAUGAGUUAAUUUGAAAUUAAAGAAAUUGGCAAAGUUCCACCUGUCAUUAGACUUAAUUAAAUGAACCUUUGAUUUACAGACUUUCCACUUAGAAAAUGAAAGAGCUCAUCUCCAGAAUAAUGGCAAGGGACAUCACCACUGCCCUGUUGAAGAUCCAAGAGUAAGUAGACUGAAUAAAUAAUCCCAACCGAUUUAAAUGAACUAACAUAAUUUUAGUCUUAGGAUUUGUUUCGCCUUCAACUUUUGUUGUUUAUGAUUGGUGCAGCCGUCAAUCAGUGUUCCUGUGGUCAUGUUUUUUAACAGUUUAGGUUUGCUAGUCUGACACCCAAACAAUCUGUUGGCAAGAGGUAGGUUGACUGCAUAAGUUCAUGAUUUAAAUUGAAGACAUUAGACUGAAUUUUGUUUCCAUGCAAUCUUUCCUCAUAGUCUAAAUGCUCUUAGCAGAAUUCAAAUAAAAAAUUUUUAGAAAAAAAAACGACAGCUUCAGUUAGAGUUUUUGAGUUGAAUAAUUUUCGUUCACAAGGUAUUAGGAUUAUAAUUAAAUGUAAAGAGAACCAAACUAACAGGAGAGGGUCAUGAAAAUCUGAAAAUAAGGGUUCUCAGUAGAAAAGUUUGGGAACCCUUUAAAAUAAAAGCAAGCACUAAAAUAAAACCAAUGACACCUUUUCAUAAACUGCUAGUUUGCCAUAGUGGUGCACCCCAACCAUUACACACCACUGGGUUGCCCGGUGCACCCUACCAUUGCACCCCAAGGUUGGCCUGUUGCACCCCACUUUGUUCAAUCACACCCCACUUGUUGGUUUGGUGCCCCCCCCCCAACUAGUUUCAGCACUAUACACACAUGUGCUCAUAAUUGCCUUUAAAUUUGUUUUUCUUAAUCAUUAGUUUACAAUAAUUACCAAGUAACCUUGAACUUGGAAUUUUUAACUUGAGACGACUAAUCGCUUCUUAAUUUUUCUCCGAUAAAAGGCGGCUGUGAAAACAAAGCAGCAGAAAGAAAUUGUUAAACGUAAAAAUUACGAGAUCAAGACACUGAAAGAAAACUUGUGUGAGACUGAGAAAGUUUUGUUUGAGAAAGAGAAAAGGCUUGUUUCAUUGGAGGCUUCAUAGGUAAGUAGAAGUAUACUUUGAGUGUUUUAUCAUAAUUGUCAACAUCCUCAGCUUAUUUUCAUCUAAAGUUUUCAUUUUUAUUAGACCAUAUACAGGUAGGCCCCCUAUAAAGUUAGGCACCUAUACAGGUAGGCCCCUCUGCCUAUCAGGUGUAGUUAUAGGUGUGGUCAUAGAUAUCUAUCAGGUGUAGUUAUAGAUGUGGUCAUAGAUAUCUAUCAGGUGUAGUUAUAAGAUGUGGUCAUAGAUAUCUAUCAGGUGUAGUUAUAGAUGUGGUCAUAGAUAUCUAUCAGGUGUAGUUUUAGAUGUGGUCAUAGAUAUCUAUCAGGUGUCGUUACACAGCUAAUGUAACUACAAACAUCAAAUUAUUACGAGCAUCAGAUAUUUUAUUUCAUCUUUAACAUGUCAUGAAUUGAAAUGAAUUAAAUUAAUCCUUAUCUCGUUUUGACCUAGAGCAGUGGUCAGCAUGACCUAUAACAGUGGUCAGCAUGACCUAUAGCAGUGGUCAGCAUGACCUAGAACAGUGGCCAGCAUGACCUAGAACAGUGGUCACCAUGACCUAGAGCAGUGGUCAGCAUGAUCUAGAGCAGUGGUCAGCAUGACCUAGAGCAGUGGUCAGCAUGACCUAGAGCAGUGGUCAGCAUGACCUAGAGCAGUGGUCAACAUGACCUAGAGCAGUGGUCAGCAUGAUCUAGAGCAGUGGUCUGCAACCUGUUGCUCUGGAGCUGCAUGCAGCUCUUUUUUAUUUUUAUUAUUUAUAAUGCCAUGCGGCUCAAACUUUCCUCUUAGCAGAUUUAGACAUCAAAUAUUUGGCAUAAGUGGUUCUCACACAAUUAAGUUUGUUGAGCCUUGUCUUACAGAGAGAAGAUAUUUGUUUGUAGAGAGAGAGAGAGAAGAUGUUUGUUUAUAGAAAGAGAGAGAAAAUGUGUGUUUGUAGAGAGACACAAUGUUUGUUUGUUUGUAGAGAGGGAGAAGAUGUUUGUAGAAAGAGAGAGCAGAUGAAUGUUUGUAGUGAGACAGAAGUUGUUUGUUUGUAGAGAGUGACAAUGUUUGUUUGUAGAGAGAAAAGAUGUUUGUUUGUAGAGAGAAAAGAUGUUUGUUUGUAGAGAGAGAGAGAUGAUUGUUUGUAGAGUGUGAGAGAAGAUGUUUUUUGUAGAGAGAGAAGAUGUUUGUUUGUAUAUAGAGAGAAGAUAUUUGUUUAUAGAGAGAGAGAUGUUUGUUUGUAGAGAGAAAAGAUUUCAUAUCAAAUUAUACAUUACUAAAACAAUAUUUGCAAGGAAUAGAAAAACAACAAGAAAUAAUGGAGAAAUAUGACAAGAUAGUUUUGUAUUGCACAAUCACUUUGGGAAUGGGAACUACAGUCACCAUUAUGGGAACAUAAACUACAGUCACCAUUACCUGGUCACAAAAUCAUUGAUUGUCAAAAAUAAGCUAAACAUUCAAACAUAACGGGAUAAUUUGUUGUAAACUUGUUCAAUGGUUUACAGUAGUUUAAGAGAACUUUAUGUCAAAUAUUUAAAUGUUAACUUAACCAUACCUAUCACAAAUAUAAAUAACAAGACAUAAAGCUAAUUAAAAUGACAGUUAUAAAUGACCAGGCAUAUUGCUAAUUAAAAUGACAGUUAUAAAUGACCAGGCAUAUUGCUAAUUAAAAUGGAAUAUAGCAAUUAAGGUUGAACACUGGUUCAAAAUUUUUGCUAAAACAACUUCUGUCAUUUUUUUUGUUAUUUUGUUUUGGAAAACUUUGAAAGCCGUCUGUAUACAUUAACUUUCGCCAACUUUUUGCUUUUAAAUUUUGACAUUUUGUUUGUAUAGGUUAUCUAGAUGACAGUUUGAUUGUAUAAGUUAGCUAGAUGACAAUGGUAUAGGUUAGAUAGAUGUCAAUUUGUAUAUGUAAGCUAGAUGAUAUUUUUUUUGUAUUGAUUAGCUAGAUGAUAUUUUGUUUGUAUAGGUUAGUUAGGUGACAUUUUGAUCACAUUGGUAAGCUAGAUGACACUUUGUAUAGGUUAGCUAGAUGACAUUUUGUCUCUGCAUGGAAUCAAAUCAAACUUUUUGAAAAUUUAUUUUUAUCAAACAUUUCAAAGACACAUCAACUAAAUGUCUGAUAACUCUCCCUAAAAUAGUAAAUAAAUGACAGAUAACUCUACCAAAAAUAUUACAUAAAUGACAGAUAAUUCUCCAUAAAAUAUUAAAUAAAUGAAAGAUAACUCUUCCAAAAAUAUUAAUAAAUUACAGAUAACUCUUCCUAAAAUAUUAAAUAAAUGACAGAUAAUUCUUCCUAAAAUAUGAAUAAAUGACAGAUAAUUUUUCCUAAAAUAUUAAUAAAUGACAGAUAACUCUUUCUAAAAUAUUAAAUAAAUGACAGACAACUCUUCCUAAAAUUCUAACUUAAAAAUGUCAUCUUUAAUUAUUAACUUUAAUGUUAUAUUUUGUGAAUAAUUAUGACCUUAUGAUUAAAACAACAACCUAUAAACAAUUAAUAAAAUCAAACAAGUACAAAAUUGAAUGAUACUAAAGGUGGGUGAUGAUAUUUAAAGAAUACUUAAAAAAUUAUGAUGAUGAUGGUCAAAUAUUUUGUUAAUAUGGAACUUCAGCAAAUAAGAUCAACCUGUAUCAGAUCAACAGUUUGUGCAGUUGGGGAAAACACUCUAAUUUUAGGGUCAUGCCAUUACAAGCUUGGUGCAAGAAUACAUUUUUAAAAAAAAAUUCUGUGAUCAAUUUGAAAGAGGCAGCUGUCCAGUUACUGUCCAGUUAAACAGUAAAUAAGAAACCACAAUCUGUGUAAAAAGCAGAAGCUGACAUAAACAAAACUUAAGCUGAAAGCUUUCUUCCAUGGAUAGACAUGUCAUAUAACCUUUCUUCCAUGGAUAGACAUGUCACUUAAGCUUUCUUGCAUGGAUGGACAUGUCAAAGUGUUAAACAUGCAUUUGGUUUAACAAAGAUGUGGUGCUUGGCCACCAGGCGUUCCAUUUGAUAUGCUUGAAAUUUUUAGUCUCAAUUAAUUCUAUUACAUCGGUGGAGUAAUGUUUUUAGUCUCCAUAGACCUAUUCAUUAUUUUACAUUCUGGAGUAAUGUUUUUAGUCUCAAUAGACCUAUUCAUUACUUUACAUUGGUGGAGUAAUGUUACUUUACAUGGGUGGAUUAAUAGUUCUUUUUACUGGUGGAGUAAUGUUACAUUACAUUGCUGGAGUAAUGUUUUUACUCUCAAUAGACCUAUUCAUUACUUUACAUUCUGGAGUAAUGUUUAGUCUCAAUAGACCUAUUCAUUACUUUACAUUGGUGGAGUAAUGUUACUUUACAUGGGUGGAUUAAUAUUACUUUUUACUGGUGGAGUAAUGUUACAUUACAUGGUGGAGUAAUGUUACCAUCUCCAAAGUUGAUUUUUGCUAUGGAGCCUGUUAUUUAAAAAAGUUGAUUGAAAGUUUAUUCGAAAUAAAAGAAAUUCACCAAGAUUUCAUACAUAAUGCUAAUGUUUCAAUGUCCUGAUGUAGUAAUACUAUAAAUGUGUAUUAUGAAAUAUAUUUUCUUUGGGCUCAAAACAACUCAUCAGAAUAUAUUGAAACUUGAAAGCAUUUCGUUACAGUGAAGACUCUAUAAAAUUCUUAACAAUUUAUUCAAAUUAAAUGUUAAAAUCCUGAUUUAAGAAACAAACUUACUCAUUAGAACUGAAAAGGUUUCAACCCUCACAUCUGAGUUUGUUUGAAAAAAGUGUGUGUGGGUGUGAGUGUGUGUGUGUGGGGGGGGUGCUGUAACGCUACCACCUUGUAAAAAUCUUUACUAUUGCAGAGAUCCUUAAUGUUCCAGACAUCCUUACUAUUGAAGACAUCUUGCAGACAUCCUUACUGUUGCAGACAUCCUUACUAUUGCAGACAGUCUCAAUAUUGCAGAUAUUCUCACUAUUGUAGACAGUCGUACUAUUGCAGACAAAGCUAAACAUUUGAUUAAAUCUAUAAAUUAAAAACAACUUCAACAAACAUGAACAAUAUGUCUCACAUCUUUGCUUGGGCUGUUCAACAAACAUGAAAAAUAUGUCUCACAUCUUUGCUUGGGUUGUUCAACAAACAUGAACAAUAUGUCUCACAUCUUUGCUUGGGUUGUUCAAAAAACAAGAACAAUAUGUCUCACAUCUUUGCUUGGGUUGUUCAACAAACAUGAACAAUAUGUCUCACAUCUUUGCUUGGGCUGUUCAACAAACAUGAACAAUAUGUCUCACAUCUUUGCUUGGGUUGUUCAACAAACAAGAACAAUAUGUCUCACAUCUUUGCUUGGGUUGUUCAACAAACAAGAACAAUAUGUCUCACAUCUUUGCUUUUGUUGUUCAACAAACAUGAACAAUAUGUCUCACAUCUUUGCUUGGGCUGUUCAACAAACAUGAACAAUAUGUCUCACAUCUUUGCUUGGGCUGUUCAACAAACAUGAAAAAUAUGUCUCACAUCUUUGCUUGGGUUGUUCAACAAACAUGAACAAUAUGUCUCACAUCUUUGCUUGGGUUGUUCAAAAAACAAGAACAAUAUGUCUCACAUCUUUGCUUGGGUUGUUCAACAAACAUGAACAAUAUGUCUCACAUCUUUGCUUGGGCUGUUCAACAAACAUGAACAACAUGUCUCACAUCUUUGCUUGGGUUGUUCAACAAACAUGAACAAUAUGUCUCACAUCUUUGCUUGGGCUGUUCAACAAACAUGAACAAUAUGUCUCACAUCUUUGCUUGGGUUGUUCAACAAACAUGAACAAUAUGUCUCACAUCUUUGCUUGUGUUGUCAAGUGCACUGGUCUAUGAUGUUCAGAUGCACCACAUAUUUACCUCACAUAAUUCUGUGUUUACAAUACAUACUAAGUAACAUCAACACAUCUCAUAUAAUUGUACUUAAUAUAUGAGAUAUUCAACAGCUCUUUCAGCUCUACACAACUUAUACAUUGUAGUCAUCUUAAUUAAAACAGCCUACAAUAAUAUUAUUGUAUUUAUUAAUAAAUGAGUUGAAAUAAUGAGUUGAAAUAAUGAGUUGACCUAAUGAGUUGAUAUAAUGAGUUGAAAUUGUUGACAUAAUGAGUGAAAUAAUUAGUUGACAUAAUGAGUUGACAUAAUGAGUGAAAUAAGUUGACAUAAUGAUUUGACAUAGUUGACGUAAUAACCUAAAUAUGAAAUAGUUACCCUGUAGUCAGUGUCAUAUCAAAGUUACCCCUGUAGUCAGUGUCAUAUCCUAGUUACCCCUUUAGACAGUGUCAUAUCUAGAAAAAUGACUACAGUGAAUAAUUUAGAUGGUUUGUUAAAAACUACAUUUUCUGUCUACAUGCAUAAUAUCAUAUUAUGUACAUACAAUUAAAAAUCACAAAGGCCCCCCCCCCCCCCCCCCCCCCCCACCCCCCACAAACUGAAAUGAGUAUUCAAAUUUCUAUUGGCACUACAAAGAAUAAAUCUGGUUUUAUAAAUCUAGUAUUUAUUCUGCUUCUAUUCUAUAUAAAGCUUUAGUCAACAAAAGCUUUUCUUCAAAAUGAUACAUUAUCCCAAUUUUUGAACAAAAUAUUAUUUUUAAAAAAAACAUGGCUUUUUGUUAUGCCAUUCAGCUGCUUUUGAUUUUUAAAACUGGUGGGCAUCAAGUAAGAUCUAAAUAUAGUAACAAAAUUCUGGCAAGGACUUUCCAUUGUAUCCAUUUUCUAUGCCGGCGUUAAAUUUAGGAAAGGAAAUAAAAAUGAUUGAGCCCUAAUCCUUCCCUUGCCCCAUGCCCCAUGCCUCUUGUGCCAUGCCCAUUCCAAUCAAUGAAGCUAUGAUUGAUUGCAUCAAGGUCUGCUGUAAAAACAAUCAUGAUUGAUUAAGUUUGGCUUAGUUGCAGGCUGCUUCAAUUAUGUAAAAAAAAAAUCUUUCUCUUAGAAAUGAAUGAAAAGAUUGCCCCAGAAAUAUCUUUACAUUAAGCUCUCUGUGACCAAGAGUGACUGUGCACUCUCUGAAUAAGAAUAGCCUUAGAGUGUACUCAAACCUCGGGCCGGGGUGGGCAGGGAGGAUGUAGUGAGAAAUGAUGGAGUGUUUGUGACCCUCAAUUAUGCAUCAAGUGGAGAAUAAGUGUAAAUGAUGUGGGCAGACUGUCGUUAUUAGAUUUUUUACAGAAAUAUGGCAGCCUUAUGCCUUAUGUGUGGCUGUGUAAGUGAGAGGUGUGCCUCUGACAGUGUGCGUGUGUGUUCUUCUGUGCUUAAAGUGUGUAUGUGGGGGUUUGAAUUGGAAAUGUAAUAUGUAGUUAGUGUAAUGGGUGUUGGAAUUGGAAAUGUAAUAUGUAGUUAGUGUAAUGGGUGUUUGAAUUGUGAAUGUAAUAUAUACUUAGUGUAAUGGGUGUUUGAAUUUGUAAUCUAAUAUGUAGUUAGUGUAAUGGGUGUUUGAAUAAGGAAUGUAAUAUAUAGUUAGUGUAAUGGCCACAAAAAUUGCGAUGAAAAUCGCUGAUCCCUUUAUUUUCCUCAAUUAUUUUCAGAAUUAAUGUUUUUUUUCUUUUUUUUUUUUCCCCAGGCUUUUGAUUGAGUCCAGAAAAUGUCUCACAGUUGUUAUUGACAAGGGGAUGCAAUGUGUUACACGUUCUUGUAAUAUUGCUCGAUAUUUUCAAUAUUGUUACUAAAAUAAUGAAUUUCACACAGAGUCAAAAAAUAUGUCCAUUAGAGUUUGUUAAAUAUUGUUUUUGUUUGAAUUUCUCACUCACCAAAGACAAAUAUUUAUUGUAAAAAAAAUUCCCAAAUUUAGACCCAAUCACAAAAAUACAUCUGUCCACAGAAAAAUAAAUUUUUAUUUUGUUUAAUAAAGCUAUUUCAAAAUUAAAUAUAACAUAUUUCAUUUGCACACAAUAUGUCUUUUAUUUGUGUGCUUAUUUCAUCAUGAACCAAUCAAGUAUGGGGAUGGAGCUCUUGAGUACAAGAUUUUCAAUUAAAUAUUUUAAUUAAUGAAAAAAAGCCUUAAAAUAUUUCUAUAGAAAUACUAUGAACCACAUAAUGUUAGAAUUUAUAAUAUUAUUAUUUCACAUUUUUUAUAUUUAUUUCAUAAUUAUUUUAUUUAACAAUAAUUUUAUCUGUGAUUAUAAAGUUCACCUGUAUGGUGGGAAUUCUGGGUUCACCUUUAGCCUGAAUCAGCUGUCACCAAUAAUUUCUAUGUUCAAAAUGUGAUUGUACUUUUUCCUCCACUUAAUGGUUCUCUGAUUUUUGACAGUGAUGAAAUAAGAUAACAAUUUAAUAGAAUUUAAGAAGAGAAACAUCUUUGUUACAGCACUGUGCAUUGGCAGUGUAACAACACUGAAAUAUAGCAGUGUUAGGGCACCUUGAUUUGAGAGUGUUAUGACACUGUGAUGUAGCAGUGUUAUGGCACUGUGAUUUGACAGUUUUACGACACUGUGAUUUAGCAGUGUUAUGGCACUGUGAUUUGACCAUAUAAUAAUAAUAAUAAUAAAGAUUAUUUGAAAAUCACACUUCAUCCCUAAAGGCCCAAAGUGCGGUACAAACCACAUUGCAGUACAAAAUAUACAUAGAACUUGUUUUUAAUCACCCGUACUUCAGAAUCUAAACUUUCAAAAUUGACAUGAUCUUAAUGUAUCUUAGCCAAAGUUAUUCUAAUAUAGGCAGGGUAAGUGCCGACUGGGGUUGGUCAAGCUUUUUGCAACCUUCCUUCCCCCCCAAGAAAACCUCUCCUGGCAGCCAAUAAUGCCACCCCUCAAUGUAAGGAAAAAAGUGCCCCCAGGGAGGACAGCCCCCUCCGCACCCAUCCCUCCCCCUUCUAGGCCAAACAAUAUAGGCCUAUCUCUUCUUAUUAUUAUUUAUUUCAAAAUAGUGCAUUUUAUUUGACUUGCUAUGUAUGUUAAGAAUUGUAUGUAUGUUAAGAAUUGUAUGUAUGCUGAGAAUCGCUAUGUAUUUUCAGUCCUAUAUUGUAUGAACUAAAUUUCUAUUAAGAAAAUUUGAGUCAGCUAUUAAUAUUAGCACAAUUCAUGUUGGUGCACAAUUUUGACCUGCCAGAAAUGUUAAAUAUUGAAUGCAUUGAUGUUAAAUUUUUUUAAAAGUCUAUAAAUUAAAUUAAUUUCUUAUAGAAUUCCAUUUAACUGUGAUAUUUUAUAUUAUUUUCUUCCUUCUCAAUUUUAAAACCAUUUCAAUGUUGUGUUAAAAUAUAACACUCCAAAUAAAAAUUCUUUCUUGAUAAUUUAAACAAAUUGUAAUUUGUAAAUUCAAAAUUAAUGUUUUAGUGUAAAUGAAACAAAAAUAAUUUACCUCAUAAAAAUAAAGUGCCCAGGCUGUCUGUUGCAGAAAUAGAACAAAGUUAUUGAUACAAUAUAAUAACCAACAUUUUGAAAUCACAUCAAUAAUAUAGCAGUAAUGCAAGGUUUAGAGAGUAAUGGAACAGGAUCCAAUUUUAGUUCAGCUAAUGACAUCAUCACAGUUUAAUCUCUUUAAGAGAAGGAAAUCACCUUCUUGUUGUACAUGUAAUGGAAGCUUCUCCAGUUAGUGUGUGUUUGUUUGUGUGGCAUUUCAACAUGAUCAAAGACAUUUGAUUCUUUGCUUUUCAAAUAAAAAAUAACUGUCUGUAAGUAUAUUUCUUUUUAUAAGACAACAGAAACAAAAUUAUUAGAACUUAAUUAAUCUAUCUUUUAUAAGAUAUUGUUAUACACCACUAAUAGCCUUAGACUCAGACAGCCCUGGCACAGUUGCAGCUCUAUUCUACAUCUAUCUCUUGGAAUAGAAUAUCUAGAAAUAACUUAUUGUUCAACAGAGAAAUCAUGUAAUGAUUAGCAAAGACAUAAGUCAUUGUUCAACAAAGAAAUCACGCAAUGUUUAGCAAAGACAUAUGUCAUUGUUCAACAGAGUAAUCACUCAAUGUUUAGCAAAGACAUAUGUCAGUGUUCAACAGAGAAAUAACUCUCCAUAGAAAUACGGAAGAAUUAACAGAUUUUUAUAUUCACUUUCAUGUUUUAAAAAUUUGUUUAAGAAAUGUUUUUAAAUGUUCCCAGCCAAAACUACAGAAUAAGUUGUCCUUUUCAAUGUAUGUUAGCAUUAUUACCAUUAUUAGUAUUUAUUAAUAUUUUAUUUAUUGAAAUCUGCCAACCUUAGACUGGUAUUGCUUGCAGACCACAAAUUAAUGUCUUGACUAACCAUAGACUGGUAUUGCUUGCAGACCACAAAUUAAUGUCUUGACCAACCAUAGACUGGUAUUGCUUGCAGACCACAAAUUAAUGUCUUGACCAACCAUUGACUGGUAUUGCUUGCAGACCACAAAUUAAUGUCUUGACCAACCAUUGACUGGUAUUGCUUGCAGACCACAAAUUAAUGUCUGAAUUGCAAUUGAUUUCUUAAAUUCUAAAUAUUUGUUCAUUUUUAAAUUCUCUUCUUCACAAACCUGUUGAAAAUGUUCAUUCAAAUUGAAAAGAUGUGUCUACUAUUUAAUGAACCAUUAGGUUAAUCAAAUUUACAUAUUGCAAUUAAACAUAAUUUGUAGUUAC